UUUCAGUGGAGUGAAUGGCCAAUGGGAGUUGGCUUGUCGAGCAAACACUGAGCUCUACGUUCUCAUUCAUUCAGAGUUAGACAGGCAUGCAGUGUUGAAGAGAGCACGUCCUCGAUUAGCGCUUGCUUUUGAGCAUUCCGCAUAACAAAAACCUUAUUUUACAAAAAUUGACUCAUUAGAAUUCGAAGACGGAAACCAUUGGAUAUAUAAUUAUUUGUUUUCAUAUUGUAAAUGAAUUAACGUGUGCUUUUUAAGAAUCCUAAAGAAGAUUAUUACUACAAUUGUUACUCCGCUCUAGGACUAAACUGGGUUGUCUGACUAGAUCGGCUUCAAGUGCGCAACCUUUAUUGGGUGUAUCAAGAAGCGUGGAUUUACAAUUUAUGGAACACAGUGUGUAAUGCACCAGAUUUUAAGAAGGAAUAACGAAAGAAGAUAAACUACAACAUCGUAUCGGGAUAUAACGCAAUCGUUACGAAUGUUAAGAGCUAAUUAAAAUACGCUUGGACAAUUUACUUGGAUGGAGUUUUGGCAUAUUGGUUGAUGGAAUCGACGUUAUGGAUGGUUGCAGAUGGGUUUUCUGAUGCAUGCCAAGUCCACGGUGAAUGUCGGAAGUGGUGAUCACCCCAGAUGGCGCUCCAAAGUCAACAUGGCCCUGGCGGUUCAUUAGUGGUGAUCCAGCAGCCUUCCCUGGAGGGCCGGCAGAGGUCAGAUUACGAGCGGGAGCUCCAUCAUGCCGCCAUCCUCUCCCUGGACCAAAUCAAGGCCAUUCGUUCCAGCAACGAGUACACAGAGGGGCCGUCGGUGGUCCGGAGGCCCCCUGCGCCCCGCAUGGCACCCAGGCCCGACAAGCAGCAGGAGAGGACUCACGAGGUGAUCCUCGUCAAUGUGAACAACAACUAUGAGCACAGGCCGGUAGGGCAUGGCCACCACAGUGGGGUGGUGGUAGUAGCCGGAGGCCAGCAGUGUAGCACCAGGGCCCCGGGCCUUAAUCGCUCUACCAGUACAGGCAGCGCGGCCAGCUCCGGGAGCAACAGCAGUGCAUCCUCUGAGCAGGGACUUCUGGCCCGCUCGCCUCCCUCUAGACCGGGGAUGGUGGCCCUCCACCAGCACCACCACAGAGCCGAGAGGACUCAGCCUGUUCGGGCUCAGCCCAAGGCGCUGCUAGCCCCCCAGCAUGGCUCUCACCCACCGCCGCCACUGGAGGCACCGCUCAAGCCCUCAGGGAAAGGGGACGUGGCGUCUGGCCACCAGUUCAUCUGCGAGCGCUGUGGGAAGUGCAAGUGCGGGGACUGCACAACCCCAAGGACCCUGCCCUCGUGCCUGGCCUGCAACGGCCAGUGCCUGUGCUCGGCGGAGAGCGCCCUGGAGCAUGGCACGUGCAUGUGCCUGGUCAAGGGCAUCUUCUACCACUGUUCCAAUGAUGACGAGGGAGACUCGUGCGCUGACCACCCCUGCUCGCUGUCGCGCUCCCACUGCUGCUCUCGCUUCCUCUGCAUGGGAUUACUGUCGGUACUGUUCCCCUGUUUGCUGUGCUACCCGCCCGUCAAGGGGUGCCUGAAGGCGUGCCAGGGCUGCUACGACCAAGUCAACAGGCCCGGCUGCCGCUGCAAGAACUCCAACACUGUCUAUUGCAAAAUGGAGAGCUGGUCCCCGCAGGCCCUGGAAAAGCCUUCCUGAUCCCGUGUGUGUGUGUGUGUGUGUGUAGGAAGAGGGGCAGUCGAUCCCCGUGCGGUUCUGACGAUGAUAAUAAUAUUCACUAUUGAUGUUAAUCAAACAUUUGAAGCACCUCCCCAUCUGCCUCCCUUUCUCCAACGGGGAAUCCUGCUAGGAGUAAAGCACGGAAUAUGAAAACCACUCAAUUCUUUUUUUAUAUUUCCUUCCUUUUUUUUCUGACAGGGCCAUAUUUUUACAGACCAGUGUUUUGUCUGAACUGUUUCUGUCUCUCUUCAGCUACUCAUUAAGAAUAUUUUGUUAGCUAGGCAGUUUCCCUGGUGCUUUAAGCUUCAAGUGAGAGCAGCCUCUUACCAAAUCUGUGAAGGACUAUCUAGCCAGGCAAUAUGUAGCUGUUACCACGUGUUCAUAGCUAACGAGGAUUGUGUGAAUUCCCAGUUGCUACCACACUAAGACCAUGGUUAUCUGGGUUUCUGUGCUCGUGUUGCAUUAUGGAAAGCACAUGCAUCUCAUAGUAUUCUGUUGGAUAUGUUUGUCUCUCCCCCUCUCAUCAUUUACACACAUUCUGUGGCAUUCUUCCCUGUUUUUUUUUUUUUUUUUUUUUUCAUUUUGUAAACUGUAUGCUCAA